CCUGCUUCCUGCUAACCCCCCUCUCUUCCUCCUCCUCUUGCCUCUCUAUAAAAACCCCACCUCUCCUUUCUUCUCCACAUCUGCCUUCUCUUUCCGAAUCCUCAAGUCGGCCUGAAGGAUAAAACUGACAAGAUGCGUGAGUGUAUCUCCAUGCAUGUUGGCCAAGCUGGGGCCCAAAUAGGAAAUGCAUGCUGGGAGCUUUACUGUCUGGAGCAUGGUAUUCAGCCGGAUGGGCAGAUGCCUAGUGAUAAGACAAUAGGAGGAGGAGAUGAUUCCUUCAACACCUUCUUCAGUGAAACAGGAGCAGGGAAACAUGUUCCACGUGCCAUUUUUGUUGAUUUGGAACCCACUGUGAUUGAUGAGGUGCGCACAGGCACAUAUCGCCAACUCUUCCAUCCUGAGCAACUAAUUACUGGCAAGGAAGAUGCUGCCAAUAACUAUGCCCGUGGUCAUUACACCAUUGGUAAAGAGAUCAUUGACCUAGUGCUGGACAGGACCCGCAAACUGGCUGAUCAGUGCACUGGCCUUCAAGGAUUCCUCAUCUUCCACAGCUUUGGUGGAGGUACUGGCUCUGGCUUCACCUCCCUGCUGAUGGAGCGUCUCUCUGUUGACUAUGGCAAGAAAUCCAAGCUUGAGUUUGCCAUCUAUCCCGCUCCUCAAGUGUCCACAGCAGUCGUGGAGCCCUACAACUCCAUUCUAACCACCCACACCACCCUGGAACACUCUGAUUGUGCCUUCAUGGUGGACAAUGAAGCCAUCUAUGACAUCUGCCGCAAAAACCUGGACAUCGAGCGUCCAACUUACACCAACCUUAACAGGCUCAUUGGCCAGAUUGUGUCCUCCAUCACGGCCUCGCUAAGAUUUGAUGGAGCUCUGAACGUGGAUCUCACUGAGUUCCAAACCAACCUUGUGCCCUACCCACGUAUUCAUUUCCCUCUGGCUACAUAUGCUCCAGUGAUCUCUGCUGAAAAGGCUUACCAUGAGCAGCUAUCUGUGGCUGACAUAACCAAUGCCUGCUUUGAGCCUUCUAAUCAAAUGGUGAAAUGUGAUCCCCGUCAUGGUAAAUACAUGGCCUGCUGUCUUCUUUAUCGUGGAGAUGUGGUGCCCAAAGAUGUCAAUUCUGCCAUUGCUGCCAUUAAGACCAAACGGUCCAUCCAGUUUGUUGAUUGGUGCCCAACUGGAUUCAAAGUAGGCAUCAACUACCAGCCCCCAACUGUGGUUCCUGGUGGAGACCUGGCUAAAGUACAGAGAGCCGUCUGCAUGCUGAGUAACACCACAGCCAUUGCUGAGGCCUGGGCUCGUCUAGACCACAAGUUUGACCUGAUGUAUGCCAAGAGAGCCUUUGUGCACUGGUACGUGGGUGAGGGAAUGGAGGAAGGAGAGUUCUCAGAGGCCAGAGAAGAUAUGGCAGCUCUGGAAAAGGAUUAUGAAGAAGUGGGCACUGACAGCAUGGGAGAUGAGGAUGAAGAAGGAGAAGAAUGUUAAAGAGGCAAAAUCACCCAAGUGUAACUGCCCUGCAAAAUUAAAGUCUCAUCUGACCAUUAUGGCUUUAGAAAAAAAAGUAACUUGAAAUUCCAUCUGCAUUUCAAUUGGUUUUCAUAUUUGAAUAAUAAAAGAAAUAAUGAAUUA